UAAUUGAGUGACCGGUCGUAUCCAUUUGUUAACAGAAAAUAUGUUCCUAUUUUUCCUGAUAUUCCUGUUCUCUUUUGUUACUGCUAAUGAAAAUUAUAAUGAUAAAAAUGUUACUGAACUUUGCUCAAAUGGAGUAAAACCUGGAAAUUCAUGCCACCUCGUUCCGUCAAGUGGUUAUGAGUGUGCAAACUCGAAUUCUUCAACAAGUUGGUGUGAAAGUUUCGAUGGAAAAUACAAAUGUUGCGAAAAAUCAAUAACCAAAUGCAAGGACAGAAGCUCAUUCUGUCGCCUUACCAAGCAUUUGUGCACGAGCAAAUCCGACUUCAAAACCAUGAAAUCAAAAUGUGAGGCGACUUGUGGAUUCUGUGGUCUUAGAACGUUCGAAGAAGCCGAAAAAACGAGACAACGAAUGGAUGAGCUGGCAAGAGGUCAGGAAUGUGAUCUACCAAGAAAAUGUGUUUUUCCGAAGGAAAAAAUGUUGAAUUCUACUUCUACCGCUGGAAAUUCCACGGCGACUCCGUUGAAGUUCCAAUCAAUCAAUACUAAUUCAAGUUUUACGGGGAAUGCCACAGCCGCCAGCAAUCAGAAUUCCACUGAAUCUACCAACCCCUCUACAAUUAUCGACUUGAAAGCGAUCCUCCAAUCCACUGGCCGAACUUCUCCACAAACUACAACUUCUAGGCCACGCUCUAGAUCUCCCCGAAGCUCUGAAUCCCGGCAUAAUGAGACCACAUCGAUUACUUUACCAUCUUCCUUCAAUUCUACAGUCAGGAAGCUGACACUAAAAGAAUUGAUGACUACGAGGGACACAAUGCCAAAGAUCACUACAGCCGAACCGAGCUCCCUGACAACGUCACUUUCAAAGACAGUAAUUCAAGGGACAUGCUUCGAUGAGUACACUUAUUGUAGAGAAUUCACAUCACUUUGCUCUCAUCCAGCAUUCUCCGAAGUUAUGGCUUCCCAUUGCUCAUUGACUUGUGGGAGAUGUGAUGAAGUGGAAAGAGUUGAAGAGGGAACCGAAGAUUGUGAGGAUAUGACACCAGACUGCAGAAACUACCGUGACCUUUGUGAGCACUCGAGAUACAAGACUCUUAUGGAGAACUACUGCCCAAAGGCCUGUGGUCAUUGUAUUCCAAUGUGUAGAGAUCGUCAUCAGAAUUGUCCCCAAUUCCACGAGGAUGGUUUCUGUAACGACACGAUGUACACAUUUGACGAACGAAAGUACUUGUGCGGCGCCACGUGUCUUUUCUGCUGAGAAUUUUUAAUUUCCUGUUUCCCUAUAAUUUAUGUUGGUCUUCCCGACUAUUUGUAUAUAAAUGGUACUACUACUCUU